AUGAAGGGGCUUGAUUUCGCAAAGUCGGGGAGACGACUUGUAACUAAUUCUUCGGAUCGAACACUCCGGCAAUUUAAUUUGCCCCUCUAUCCGCCACCUUCAGCAGACGGCGCAUAUAUCGAGCAGGAGCUUGAGCCUACGUACCGCUUUAAUGAUCCAAUUAAUAAGAAUGCGUGGCACGCCAUGUCGUACAGCCCCGAUGGGGAAUGGUUGGCAGGCGGCGCUGCUGAUAAUGCAACACACAAAAUCUACAUAUGGGAUAUAACCAACGAUGGGCAAUUUGCCAUUGCAUUAGAUGGUGGUAGAGAACCUUUGCUACACGUCCACUGGCAUCCGGUCAAACCUGCUAUUGCCUCGACCACGAAAAAUGGUAACAUUCUCAUCUGGCAUUGUCCGACACCAGAACGCUGGGGUGCUUUCGCGGGUGGUUUUGAGGAGGUAGAUGAAAAUGUAGAAUACGAAGAACGGGAAGACGAAUUUGACAUCGAAGACGAAAGCGAGCUAGCAUUGCGUAAACAAAAAGCAGAGGAAGAAGAAGUGGAUAUUGAAGGGAUGACUGGAAAUGACGUUGUCAAUGAUGCUGAACAUGCGCAGCGAGUACCCGAGGAAGACGAAGACAUUGUCUGGGCGUUGGAAGAACCUGACGACGACUUACGUGGUUGGAAAAUGAAAAUCAUGAUGGAGGACGAUACAGAUAGUAAAUGA